AGGCGGGGUCCUUUCUCGCCGCCCGCUCGCCCCAAGGUGCCUGCGGAGCUCGGCGCCGGCCUUGCGGAGGGCGGGGGCGGCGGGCCUUCCCCGCGGCGCCGGGCACCAUGAUGGUGGGCAAGACCAGCGCCAUCGCCGCGGGCCUCUGCGGGGCCCUCUUCAUCGGCUACUGCAUCUACUUCGACCGCAAGAGGCGGAGCGACCCGAAUUUCAAGAACCGGCUGCGGGAGCGAAGGAAGAAACAGAAGCUUGCCAAAGAGAGAGCAGGGCUUUCCAAGCUGCCUGAUCUGAAAGAUGCUGAAGCCGUUCAGAAGUUUUUUCUUGAGGAGAUCCAGCUUGGGGAAGAACUACUAGCUCAAGGUGAAUAUGAGAAAGGUGUUGAUCACUUGACCAAUGCCAUUGCUGUGUGUGGACAGCCGCAGCAGCUACUACAAGUUCUACAGCAGACUCUUCCACCACCAGUGUUUCAAAUGCUUCUAACUAAGCUCCCUACAAUAAGCCAGAGAAUUGUAAGUGCACAGUGCUUGGCUGAAGAUGAUGUUGAAUGAGGUCACACAACAACAGGGGGAAAAAGUGUUUUCUUACCCCAGAAGAUGAGCAUCAGUAGGGGGAUAAAGGGGCAAACAUAGUAGUUAAUGGACUGUGUACCACAUCGGGUUCUACCAGAGUUAAAAUUAACUUUGUGUAGGUGGGUUUCACAGGAUUUUAUUUAUUACCCCAGUGAAAAGUGUAUUUUGAUAAAAAUUCAUUUUAUAAAUACACUGUGUUGAGUUAUCAAAGUAUCACUAACUUCAUUAUUAUUAAAAUAUGCAGUUGUAAUGUUGUACAUAUAAAGACAUAAAGCUACAACCUAUUGAAAACCCAAUGCUCAUUUUUUGAAGAAAAAAAAAAAGAAUUAAAGAAAAAAGUUAUGGCAAUAAAGAUUUAUCCACACUUGUGUGUCCCUAUAGUACUGCUUUAAAUUUCAGAACGUUUGGGUGUCAGAGCAGAGCAAAUGAUCUAAGAAUAACAACAUUUAAGAAAACCAGAAGUGUUACAGCUGGUCUUCCAAUGCUUUUAGUUAAUUCAAAACCUCAUGUAAUCCCCUGAGAAAAUAGGCAUGUGAUCAUUUAAACAGUAACUGAUCGCAUUAAAAAGAAAUGCAAAUCAGAAUGGUAAUAGGUGACUUAGCUGCUGGAAGAAUGAGCGAUCUGUUUGUCAGGAACAGUAACACCUAUAGUGAUGCAUGUCAAAACCAAAUCUGCCAAAAGGGAACUUCUGUUAAAGCAGUUGUGUGAAGUAAAGCUGUUUAUAAUAGAACCUUGGGCAUAUUUUAAGAGCACAAUAUAUUUUUUUUUGAAAGUGUUUAACCUUUUUGUAAGAUAAUUAACAUUUCAGUCUCUAAUUGUUAAGAUGAUAGAAAACAUUUAGCAGUCUUUGGCAUUUGACUUGAUUUUUUUUUUGUGCCGAUUCAAAUUACAAAGGUAAGAUGAUGACAUCCCCAGGCUAGACUAACUAAAAGUGCUGGAAUUAGAAAGAAGUAAAAUGUCAGAACGCAGAGAAAACAAGGAAAAUAUACUGACUUAAAUAUGUUUUCAGAAUUCUUCUACUACUCAUUUUCCCUCGAUAGGGUAUUCUGAAUUUCAUAUUAGAGCAGACUAGUUUCUGCCAUUUUCUGUUUUUGUGCUAAGGCCACUCUGGUGGCAGAAAAAAAAAGCAGUUAACAAUGUGGCUUAAUAUUUUUUGGCACUAUGACUUGUUUCAAUUUCAUGAAAAGAAGAA